AUGCUGCCGACUCGAGUUCUCUUCAAGCGGUCGGUCUGGAAAGGUGCGAACUCCUACUCCUGCGGCCCACACAUUGUGCCGUACGACUCCCUCGUCCCUCGUCCCUCGUCCCUCUCUCCCUCCCUCCUCGUCGUUCUGUUCUCCACGACCCCGCAACCUACUAACACAUUCAGUCUUGCCAUUCCCAACGUCGAGGCCGGCAAGUCGACGCCCCCGAUCCGCACGCAGGCCCGUGCCGCCACCAUCCUGCCGAGCUUCAUCGGCCUCAAGUUCCAGGUCUACAACGGCAAGGUCUACCACGACGUCACCAUUACCGAGGAUAUGGUCGGCCACAAGCUGGGCGAAUUCUCACCGUACGUCCCCUGA